AUGCAAACGAUUCGUGGAAGUACAAGGUUGCUUCAGAGGCACCAUUUCUCAAUCUCCAACACUCUUCGUUUCACUUCGUCUUCUUCUUCUGCAACCUGGUCUGGUAAUGAAUCGAGGAAGCUAGGGUUAGAUUCCUUCCGUUCUACCAGAGGUUUUGAUUCAGCUGCGAAGUAUCUCAUUAGCUCCUUGACAAAGGCGGGUUCUUCCUCUGCGGUAGUACCUAAACAAAACUUUACGUAUUCAUCGAGGUGCUUUUCCACCAUUGGAGAUUCUGUUCAAUCUACUCUUCAAGCAUCCCCUGAGUCAGCUUCUGAUGUGCCUCAGAGAAUCAAGUUCAAGCGGCUUGAUAAAACCGCCAAGCAUAUAAUGCAGAUUAUAGACAAGGAGGCAGUUGAGGAAGUGAGAACUCAUAGAGAGAUACCGGAUAUAAGGCCCGGUUACAUUGUGCAACUAAAAGUGGAAGUGCCUGAGAACAAGAGACGUGUAUCAAUCGUAAAAGGCAUCGUCAUAGCAAGGCGUAAUGCUGGUCUUAACUCAACCUUUAGGAUUAGAAGGCUCGUGGCUGGAGUUGGCGUGGAAUCCAUGUUCCUCUUGUAUUCUCCAAACCUGAGGGAGAUUAAGGUGUUGGACAAGAAGAGAGUAAGAAGAGCGAAACUUUAUUACCUCAGGGACAAGAUGAAUGCUCUGAAGAAGCAUUAA